UGAGAACUCGAUUUGAGGGGCAAUCCAGCCAUUGAUUCCCCUCAUCACUAUUUGAAUCCCUUUUCUAUGUCCCCAUUUCUCUUCAAUGGCUCCUCCAACAUAUCUCCUCCUCAUCAAACGCAUCUCUCUCUUCCACAUAAACCCUAAAAGCCGCCGUCUUUUUCAGCAAUUCCUCCUAAAACCACUCUCCACUUCGUCACAGAGCAACCCUAACCUUUCCCCUGAACAAUACCACAAACCUUCCUCUCUCUCUUCUCGUCUCAGCUUCGUAUUCGAUCAAAUCGAUGCUAUUGAGAAACGUCACUCUGAGCAAGACGAAACCCUCGAGCGUAUCCGUGCCUGGCGCCAAUCCAAACAGCCAAAUCAGGCAAUAAUACCUUCGUCUUCUUCUUCUUCUUCUUCUUCUCAGCAAGAUCCAGAUCCUGGAGAAAUUGAAUCAACCGGGUCUAUUGAGGAACCGGCUGUGUCGACUGGCGAGUUGAGUAAUGGGAACAGUGUGGUUGAGUUGGUGCAUCCUUGGCCUGAGUGGAUGGAGUUUAUGGAGAUAUUGGUGAAGCAGAAUUACUUUGAUCAUCGGAGACAAAGAGACGAAGAAGACGAGAUGGUCCAUAGUUUGGGGAUGGAUGUAUCAUCGUCCAAUUUGGGAUUAGGUGGUGAAGAGAAGAAUGGUGGAGCUGCUUUGUUUCAGGAUUUCAGAGCUGUUCAAAACGCUUGUAUCAAUUUCGGAAAGGACCGUUUCGAUAUUCUGAGGUCAUUGUCGAGAAAUGACAUUCAAAUCCUUGUCGGCCAUGGAUGUCCAGCGACCGAUAGAAAAGUGGUUUUCUCCGGAAAACUACUGAGGAAGCGAGUCCAUCUCGAUGAAGGAGAUGCAAUUGAAUGUGAGCUGUUUGAUAGAUGCUUGAUGCAUAUGUCUGCAGUUCCUGCAGCUGAAGGAGAUGUCUGCAGUUCCUGCAGCUUAAGGAACUCAUGCGAAAAGGCGUUUUUGUUGACAAACAAAGAGGACGAGGCUCGAACCCUUGACCUCAUGCGCAUCUUGUUCAACUAUGGUUUCGACCCAUUGAACGGAACAGUAGCUAACAAGAGUCUCCUGAAGAAAAAGUCUGUUAAGACUGUGGUGCGUAAACUGCUGCAUGAGAUUGUCAAGCUAAGCAGUGUACCAAUAGAUCCUAAUCUUACUCCACCGGUAAUCAAGAAAGCUCCCCCUAAAGUCAAGCAGCCACCACCAACUCCUAGAAGACGCGUUGGGCGUGAUGAUAUUGAGAUGAAGAAAGGAGAUUGGCUUUGCCCAAAGUGUGAUUUCAUGAAUUUUGCAAAGAACACCAUUUGCUUACAGUGUGAUGCGAAGAGGCCAAAGAGACAGCUACUUCCAGGAGAAUGGGAAUGCCCUGAAUGCAACUUCUUGAACUAUAGGAGAAACAUGGCAUGUUUUCAUUGUGAUUGCAAGCGUCCACCUGAUGCUUUCUUAGAGAACAAAACGCUAGAAACACAUCGCUUCACUGAAUCACAAACAGAGAGGGUUGUGAAACGGGACGAUGUUUCCAAUGCUUGGAACUUUGAUUUCGACGACGAUGAAUCAGACGGUGCAGAAGUUGCAGCCUUUGAAUACGCAGAUUCCACCAGAAAGAACGAAUACCUUCCCCGGGAUGAUGGUUUGAGAGAUCCUGAAGAAGAAUUCGGCAAUCUUCCUUCAGGAGCCCGAGAAAGUUCCGAGCAUGGCAGGAGCAGAAGACCUGGUGCUGGAUUCGAUGAUUUCGACGAUGAAGAUGACAUUGAUAGCUAUGAAAUAGAUGAAACUGGAGAUAGAGAAGUCUCAGUAGCAGGUGGCCGAUCUUCUUUUGCAUCUGAAGAGUUCUCAGAGGAUGAACAGUUUCCCGAUGUACACAGAGGAGGAAGCUCAAGGCUUCACAAUGCUAGAAUCAAGCAUGACAACAGUAAAGGAGGUUUCUCUAGGGAUGAUGAGCUCGGUUUCAGUUCAGAUGAUGAGGCUUCCGUCACUCCCAGAUGGAAAUCGAGCCACGUUGCUUCGACAAAGAGAGGUCCGCCUUCGAGACAACUGAGUUUCGGGUCUGAUGAUGAUUCUGAUAUGGAGAAAAAUGGUCCCAGGUCUAGUUUAACGCGUGGCCAAAAAAACAACGGUGCUAGUGGAGGGUUCAAGGGUAAACGAAGCUCAUAUUCAGCUUCAGAAUCUGAUGAAGACAUGGAUGAUCAAGGGUACAGAGGGUCAAGUUUCUCCGGUGAUAGAUCGAGAGGAAGCAGAGGACGAAUGAGAGGUGAUUUCGAUGAUUAUAAUGACAAGGGAUCAAGUGACUUCUCGGCUAAUAGAUCAAGAGGGAGAGGAGGAAGAGCAAGAAGCAGAAGGAGUUGUUUUGGUAGUGAAGAUGAAGAUUACAGAGGCUCUAGUUCCUCGACUAGUAGAUCAAGAGGGAAUAAAGAAGAUAACGGCGGGUUUGGGGGAAGAACGGGAAGCAGAAGAGGCGGUUUCGAUGAUGAGUUUGAUAGAAAAAGCAGCGGAGGAAGAGGAGGAGGCAGUUCAUGGAGUUUCAGGGGAUCUAACCGAGGAGGAAGAGGAGGAAAGCGGAAUGGGCAUAGUGAUGGUAAAGACGCAGACUUUGGAGAUUUCAGAAACAGUAGAAGAGUUAUUGAGAGAUAGAGAUAUAAUAAACUGAUUUCCAUUUGUUGAACAGAGGUUUUUGAGACGAUGAUGAAUUGAUGAUCACUAUUCAAUUUUGUUAUAUAGUGGCAUCAGUUAUAAGAGUUUUAACUAUGUUAAGUAGUUCAAAAGCGGAAGUUGGAUUUGUCGAUAAUAUUAGAUUUAAGUGGUCCUUGAGUUUUGAUGACCUCUUCCAUUCUUUCAUAAUACUUAAAACCCUUUAGAGACACUACAAGAAAUAAAGGGAGUUAUUGUGAGAGGG